AUGAGCUCGCUUGACAAGAAUGCCGAUUCCUCCCCUCUUUUCCGCCAUCGUCAACUUACGCCGGCAGGUACCAUCCGUGUAUCGCCGUUAUGCCUAGGAACCAUGACAUUCGGAGGCAAACAAGGUGGCCACCAGGGCGGAAACUUUAACGAUACCGCCAGCGGUUAUCAGGAGGGAGAGUCGGAGAUGAUCGUUGGCGAAUGGAUGGCAUCACGCGAGAACCGUGAUGAGAUCGUGCUUGCAACAAAGUACACAGCCGCUUAUAUGACGCAUCGCAAAGUUCGCAUCCCAUCCAACUACGGCGGCAAUAAUGCGAAGUCCAUGAAGGUCAGCGUGGACGCGUCUCUACGCAAAAUGCAGACCUUCUAUAUCGAUUUGCUUUACGUCCACUGGUGGGAUUAUACGACCUCGAUACCAGAGUUGAUGCAUGCCUUGAAUGACCUGGUCGUGGCAGGGAAGGUGAUCUACCUGGGUAUCUCGGACACCCCUGCCUGGGUUGUAACCAAGGCCAAUCAGUACGCCCGCGAUCAUGGCUUGCGUCAAUUCUCGGUUUAUCAAGGAAUGUGGAAUGCAGAGAUGCGUGAUUUUGAACGAGAUGUGAUUCCUAUGGCGCGAGACGAAAGGAUGGCAUUGUGUCCCUACGGCGUUCUCAAUCAAGGCCGUUUCCAGGCCAGAGAAGGGUUCCAGGAACGUGAGACUCAUAACCCGGGAAGGAAAUUCAUUCCUACAUCAGAUCAUGACAGGAAGGUCUCUGCUGUGCUCGAAAGGAUCAGCCAUGCUAGAGGUGUGAAGCUGCUUGACGUUGCUCUUGCAUAUGGCAGUAUAGCAAGUUUGAGCCUUGCUCUUACUGAGGACGAAGUUGAAGAGGUUGAACGGGCCUACCCAUUUGUCUUUGGGUUCCCAUACACUUUUCUGAGUGGCUCGAUGUUUGACCGUUCGACCCCUAGAAUGGCUGAUAAGCCAGGAGAUGUUUGGUUGACGAAGCCGCUGGGAAAGUUCGACUGGGUUGAACCCCCUAAGCCAAUAAAGCCUUCCCCAUAA